GGAGACGUGCGGGGAGAGCUUCUCCGCUGAACCUGUGCGAUUACUGCUGAAACCGCAGCAUUUGAAGCAGGGGAACCUAACUAGGGUUUACAGGACAAGGCUAGUUAAGGAUAUGUGUUGUAUUUGCAGGGUUAGAGGUCUAGUUGUAAGCCCCUUUAGGCGUUACCUACCAAUCUUUACACCUGCCAAGCAAAUAAGAUGUUAAAAGAGGAUAAAAGAUAUGUGUGUAGCUCUAAACGGAUCUUAGUUUCUCCAAGCCAUCCAUUCAUGAACAACUGUCGUCAGCUUUGUUUUGCUGAGCAGUAUCUCGAUGAGGCCCUUGUCCUCUUGAGCACAGUGCUUUGGUAUCGUGCGUGUUCCCACCGAAGUCCAUAUGACAGCUGAACGUCAUGAAACGUUGCCAAAAUCUGGCUCAAGAUUGUGAGCCCACAAGCGGCAGGAUGCUCUUUUGUAUUGCAAAGUGCAGUGCUCUAGUGCAUACACAUAGGCAGUGCUCUUGCUUGUAGACGUAAAUUCUGCCUACAAAUUGCUGUGCUUGCUACCAACAAUGUGUGGUAGUCAGAAUAUUGACUUAAAACAUUUUGUGGCAGAUGGUUUCCCAAAACCUGAAGAAAUAACAUGUAUUCCUAUGAAUUUAAACGGAAACAUCUUCUGUGUACCUGCAAGUUUGAUUUAGUUGGGACUUUGUUGUUUCACUUAAGUAACCACUAUAGGAUGAAUAUGUUGUACAUUCUCAGCCAACUAUUUAUAAAACUGAGGUACGUGCAGGGAUGUACAAGCACAAGUUCCCCUGCUCUCAAGGUAUUCAAGUGUAACUUCAGUGUGGCAAGAUUGCCGUGACAGCUAGAAUGAACAAGGUGCAUGGUCUUUGUGGUUGAAUGCUUACACACGUGUGCACAUACACAGAAACACACAAAAUCAGUUAGGUGCAAUUGGUUUAAUUGCUUAUGAGCAGAAGGUUGAUUUUUUUCAUGUUAAGCUGGUUGCUGACUGAAGAACAAAAGCUGUUUACUCUGAGAGAACCAGGGUGCAGCUAUUCCAUAAGGGCACUGUCCUCCUAUAUGCCAGCAACUGUGGAACAGAAUGACUCGGAGGAGGCCUGAAACCUGGGGGCUGACAGGGGUUGGGGUGCAGCGGAAGGCCUAGUGAAAAGGAGUGCUUGCUUCGGUUCCCUCUCCCAGGCUGGCAUUCAGAAUGGCUGCAGUGGUAGUAUUGGGAAACACAUCAGAAGGAUGCACACCUUCACUAUAAAAUGUGUGAUCCUUUAGUUAAAAAGAUUUGAAAUACUUCUUUUGUAGGACAAUGAUUUCUGCCUGGUUCCUUCUUUUCCUUCACUUCAUCUGAGAUUCAAGGGUUUGAAAUCUCUCUUUAAACGUCCCACUCUGCUACAGUGGCUCCUGACAGAAAAUGGCUUUUACACAAGUUUGGGUGCAGUUUUGUGUGUCAUGAAGAUCAAACUCAGCUGUCUUCUCAUUCGUCCAUUUUUGUAAAUAAAUUACUUCAGUGUCUUGGAGAUUUUACAAGGAAUAGGUGGUCUUUUAUAUCUUUAAAAUAAUAGAAGACCAACUUCCAAUUUAAUUUCAAAAAAUUCUGUCAAGCCUGAAGAGUGAGCAUGAACUGACCAGAAGGUAGAUCCCUUUCCUUUCCCACUGUCUUCCAGAGAAUCUUCACUUGGUUCAGAGGAAGUUUCCCAUUUUACAUCAUGAUUCUUCUUUAUGGGAGGGUUAUUUUCAUUCUCUGUUUCUCAGACCUUUUCCUGUAGAUGGGAACGGGGGAAGGAGCCCAGACGUGGCAACACAUUCUCAGGCUCCUGCAGGACCACCAUGGCUUAUGAUGACUCCAAGAAGAAAGAAGAGUACCUAGAGAGUGACCGAAGUGUUGAUGACGUGGGGCUGCCAACUGGCAGGAUACAGCGAGAGAAAAAGCGCUCUUACAAGGAUCUGCUGCAAGAGGAAGACGAGAUAGCAACUCAGGACAGUGAUCUUUUUCCAGGGACAGAACCUCACAAAAAGAAGAGAAAGCACUCCUCAGAUGAGUUCUGCUACAGAGGUGUUUCGCCUUUGGAUCUACCAUCAAAGAAGAAGAAAAAAGCAGUUUCUAGCCCAUCCUCAGCUGAUACAACCAUGGAUUUACUCAAGGCUAUCACCUCACCUUUGGCCACAAGCUCAAAGUCUUCAAAGAAGACCUCUGAAAAAUCAUCUUAUUCUUCCUCUGGCCAUUCUGAAAGCAAAAAGGAGCACCACAAGAAGAAGCUGAGUGGGAGCAGUGGGGAGCACUCAGUGGAUGAUGGCAGCUUCCACAAAUCUAAAAAAAUGAAACCUCUCUAUGUGAACACAGAGACACUUACUCUUCGUGAACCUGAUGGCUUGAAGAUGAAGCUCAUCCUUUCACCGAAAGAGAAAAGUAGUGCAGCAGAUGAUGAUUCUUUCUCCUACUCUUCAGCACCAGCGGCUGCAAAGAAAUCUUCAAAGAAAUCGGCUCGAGAUGAGCAAGGCUCAUUCCUGCUGGGUCAUGAACUACAGAGCUUCCUGAAGUCAUCCCGGAAGAAGCACAAACCACCCCUGGACUCACAUCCACCUUCUGAGAGUUUUGGUGCUGACACCUCCCUUUUUUCAGAGGGCCAUGGGAGCGAGUAUGAGAUUUCAGGUGUGGAGGCACCGCCAGAAUCUGGUUCCUCUUCUGGUGGGGAGUUGGAGGCUGGAGAGCUAGUGAUAGAUGACUCCUACCGGGAAAUCAAAAAGAAGAAGAAGUCAAAAAAAAGUAAGAAAAAAAAAGACAAAGAGAAACACAGAGAGAAGAAGCACUCUAAGUCUAAAAAGAGUUCUGGGCACGGUCCUGUGGCAGUAGCUGAAGUGUCACCACCACCUCCUCCCAGUACCCCCUAUGUUCUUCCUCCACCUCCUCCUGCUGCUUUUCACUCAGAUGGUCAAGGUGAGAAGAGACGGAAAAAGGAAGACAAGGAGAAGGACAAAGCUGAGAAAGAAAAACCAAAGAAGAAAAACAUGUCUGCCUAUCAAGUGUUCUGUAAGGAAUAUCGUACAACUAUUGUGUCUGAGCACCCUGGAAUAGAUUUUGGAGAGCUAAGUAAAAAACUGGCGGAAGUGUGGAAGCAGCUACCUGAGAAGGAUAAACUGAUCUGGAAACAGAAAGCUCAGUAUCUCCAACACAAGCAAAAUAAAGCAGAAGCCACCACUGUGAAGAGAAAGGCAUCAUCUUCAGAUGGGGCACCAAAAAUAAAAGCUUCUCCAACAGGAGUGAUUUCCCCUCAUAAGAAAUCCCCCACCAGCACUGUGGUGGUGUCUUCCUCACCAGCCAAAGUCCCUGAGACGGAUCCUAUUGAUGUAGCUGCACACUUACAGUUGCUGGGUGAAUCUCUGAGCCUUAUUGGUCACAGACUGCAGGAAACAGAGGGAAUGGUGGCUGUUUCAGGAAGUUUGUCAGUACUUCUAGAUUCAAUCAUCUGUGCUUUGGGCCCAUUAGCAUGUCUGACCACACAACUACCUGAGUUGAAUGGCUGCCCUAAGCACGUUUUGUCAAACACACUAGACAACAUUGCCUACAUCAUGCCUGGACUUUGAUGGGAAAGGAUCCUGGGAUGUACUCAACCUCUGCGUAACUGACUUGUGUACAUAUGCACUACACCGGCACUCUCAAUGGGCUCCGUGUGUAGGGUUUUAAAGUUUUAUAUCUGUACAGUAUAUACAUAGGAUUGUAACUAUUUGACUUUUGUUUUAUGAAAAGUUGUGAAGUUAAGCUGAGAAAACCCUUUUGUGUUGGUGGGUGAAAUGUCCUCCAAUCUGAAAGUAUUUUGUAUGAAGAAUUCAGAAAGCUUUUGAGAUAUUCGCCUUAAAUUCAGAUCCUUUGAAGGGGAAGCAGCCAGAGAAUGGACUUCUCAGUAUAAAGAAAAAAAACGUCGCCAUGAGAAGGGUCAUUGAAACAGGUGGCUCAGAGAGGUUGUUGACUCUCCAUCCUUGGUGAUAAACGGAAUGAUCAGCCUGCUCUAGUUGGACUUUCUUUAAGCAGCGGGAUGGACCAGGUGACCUCCUGAUAUCCCUUCCAAAUUUAAAUAUUCUGAUAUUCUACGAGCAGGUAGAGAUGAUGAUAUAUUUUGGACCAAGGAAUAGAACUGAACUCUUCACCAGCCCUGUUUCUAACUGAUUUUCAGUUUAAAAUCUACUGCGUGAGGGGAAAGCUGGAUAGCUGAUCAAAGAUACAGAGGUCUUUGCCUCUUGGUCACUUCUUCCAACCCCCCCUCUUCAGUCAGUAAUAACUGAAAGUUGUCAGCGUCAGCUGGCUGGUCUGGUAGCUGGCAUUUGAAGUAAAGUGGAAGAUGACAACAAAUUUAAUCUUUUCCUGUGGACUUGCACCCAAAUCAUCAUUGGCACGAUACAUCAACCAACUGCAUUGGCUUGAGAGAAUGAACCUCCUGCUGAUUUUUCCAGGGCAUGGUCAGCCUGCUUUGAUGGAGAGGAGUGCGGAAGCGGAUGGGAAAAUCUUGGAUUGCUUCUGCCCAUCUUGCACCUGUUUUGUGAACAGACAAUUUUGGUUUCUGAGAUCGCUCAUCCCCCAUCCCUUUCACCAGCAGUAUCGAAAGAGCUGUGGUGCUGCUGUGAGGCAGUGACUAAUGACCAGUUUGAAGCAGUUACGGCUGAGUAAGGCACAUGUGGGUUGAUUGGACCGAUUCCCCUUCCUUCCAGCCACAUACUUGGUGUUUGGUUUUCUGCUCCUCUAGAAGAGGAGCCGCAGGAGAGCACUUGAUUCUCAUAUAAGCUUUUGUGUGUCUGUAUGUACGUGUAUGUGGUGUUCAUAUCGUAUGUAUUUAACUUUUACCAAUAUCUGUAACAGAUUUUAAUUUAUCCUGUAUAUUUCUGUGUGUGUGUGUGUAUGUAUAUAUAUAUAUAUACAUAAUUUAAAAGCAAAAAUCCCUCCCUCCACCCAACAGUGUGUGGAAAAUACCAAUCAAGUUUGCCUCACCCCCACUUCCUGCAGGAAUCAGCUAUAUGCGUAGUAGUAAGCAUUGGCAUUGUAUGGGGAAACACCAGGAAGUUUUUAAGUGGCUGUAGAAACAGGCUACCUUGUGAAGGUAGGUAGAACAACUGAAAUAUAGUUUGACUUUAGCCUUUCCAGCCUUAUAAUGUAAAAAUUUUAAAAUGACAGAAGAGCACUUUUUUACUUCCAAUCUGAAGUCUAGCUUGUGUUUUUCAGGGCAGUUGAAAGUGAGCUGUCCCUCAUUGUGGUUGAGCCCCAAAUCAUACUUAAAUUAAAUCCUUAGGUGUGCAGGAUGGUUUUUCUCCCCGUUCCUCUUCACCAUGUAUUCCCCAGCUGUGCCUGCACAAGGUAGUCUGUCUCUUAUGGAGCUUUUCUCAGUGCACUGUUAGGUUUUUCUCGGUCAGUGGAGGAGGCAGAAGGUUCUCAGACCACCGUGCAAGUUCCCAACCCAAGCCUCAGACCAGAGCAUACAUGUUUUAACAACACAUCACUAAUCCCAGUGAGCCUGGAAUUGGGAAGGGCCCAGGAGGGAGGCAGUCUCAUCCUGCUUCGGAUCCUGACCUGUACUAAAGCAUCUGCUGCUGGGAGCGGCACAAAAUCCGUGGCUCUUUCUAGCCCUUUACAAUUGAGAGCAUCGUGGUGAAGGGACAGAUCUGCUCUCUAAGGAACAGAAGGGGAUCAGCUUUAGCUUUGUCGUCUGUACAAUGGAAAACUCUUGAAGAGUGAAAAACACACGCAACCCUGGUGUAUUGUAUUUUUAUUAAAAUUUGUACACUUUGUAUAAUCUGUAUCUUGUGGUAUUUGGUACUAGAGGGAAAACUUUGGCAAGACUUAGCAGUUUUUAUAUUUUUGUUAUUUCUUUGCUGUUUGAUCCAGAUUACAUUACAAUUA